GAUUAUUCCUUGUGUUUCGACCAGCCAAACCAUCCAUCGACUCGCGAUUUUCUCUUAACCCCUCCCGACCUCGCUUGUCGCACCUAGAUCCCUGCAUUUCAGGGCAUCAUCGUUAUUCGGCACGCGAAGGCCCGCCUCGAUACAUCAUCCAACCACCUAAAUAAGUGCUGUCGACAAUUUUGUGCACUGCCGCCCGCCCACGACGUCCUCAUGUAUCACUAUCGCUGACACUGUGGAGGAACCUUGAAUCGGCGUAGACCUGUGUCAGGUCUGUGAUCGCUACUGGACUGGAGUCGGGCGCUGCUCCCUCCUUCACAACGCGUUGUGUGUGCAGCUCAUUAAACAUCCCCCCAACCCUCCCUGCAGGUCUCUCCAUAGUCCAGGAUGAAUCCAUUCGCUUUCAGACCUUUUCAGGUCACAAUAUUCACCACGAUUGUGUAUCUGGCCCUCCUCAUAUCUCUGGUCAUCGUCAAUGAAGCUGUCCCAUCUCCACCCUCAAGCUCAACGCCCUACACGGGCAUCAACCUCACCGAAGCCUGGCUUGAUCUGUCCACUCUCACCCAGGGCUAUCACCCUUACAACAGCCACAAGAAUGAUGAGGUGCGGACCUGGCUCUUACUGCGCAUCCAGCAGAUCCUCGAGGAGAAUGAAGCCGAUUGGCAGCCUGGUCACGGUGUCACCGUCUUCAACGAUCUCAUGUCAAAUGUGACCAUGUCUUUCAGUGGUCAGCCCGGGUCACCAGUAUCUAGUGUCGCCGCGUACUUUGAGGGGACCAAUGUGCUUGUCUAUAUUCGUGGUACCGAGGACGAGGAGGGAGAGUGGUGGAAGAAGAGGAACAACCGCCAGAAGCUGCCAAUCGGUGGUGGUGGCGUUCUGGUGAACGCACACUACGACUCGGUCUCAACUGGGUUCGGCGCGACUGACGAUGGUGUUGGCGUCAUCACUGUGCUUCAGCUCAUCAAGUACUUCACGACUGCUGGGAACCAGCCGAAACACGGAAUUGUAGCCUUGCUCAACAACGGCGAAGAAGAUUUCCUCUAUGGGGCUCGAGCUUUCGGCAACAGUCCGCUAAUGCCUUUUGUCCACACAUUCCUCAACCUUGAAGGCGCGGGUGCAGGCGGUCGCGCGAUACUGUUCCGUAGUACCGACCAGCAAGUUAUGAGCGCCUAUUCCAAGGCUCCUCACCCCUUCAGCUCUGUCAUAGCCUCCGACGCCUUUAGCUUGGGUGCCAUCAAGAGCCAGACUGACUUUGUCGUCUUCCAUGACAUCUAUGGGCAAAGGGGCCUCGACCUAUCCUUUUUCCAACCCCGGGCCAGGUAUCACACGCAAGACGAUGAUCGCAAGCACACAAGUCCCGCCAGCCUCUGGCACAUGCUGUCGUCAUCUGUCGUCACCAUGCGUGAUCUCACAAGCAGAACCUUUGUCGGCGACAGAGCAGAUGGCGACACGACCAAGGUGCCCAAUGGCAAAGGCAGCGGCGGCGUCUGGUUUGACCUCUUUGGGAGCAGUCUCGUCUUGUUCAACCUUAGAGGCAUGUUCGCGUGGUCGCUGACACUGCUCAUCGCAACGCCUCUUAUCCUGAUGCUGCUCACGUACCUGGCCCAAAAGAAGGGCAAAUACUACUUCUUCUCGAGCAAUGUCAGCAUCUAUGAGCACCCUGGCCCGAACCCGGGUGACUACGAGCGCGUCAGGACUGGUGGUCUGAAAGGGAUCAUCCGCUUCCCGCUUGCUCUUAUCGUGUCUGGAGCGUUGGUCUUUGGCGGGGCAUUUCUGCUGCGGAAGGUGAAUCCAUUUAUUGUGCACAGCAGCAAGUAUACAGUCUGGGCAAUGUCGAUAUCGCUGGCCUAUUUUUCCUUCUGGUGCAUCAUGCGGGGCGCAGACGUUACGAGGCCGAGUGCUUUGCACCGAGGCUACGCCAACAUCUGGCUCUUCACGAUCGGAUGGGCACUUCUGGUCGCAGUCACCGUCUUGGAGGACCGGUUUUCGAUUGCCUCUGGAUACUACGUCGUCUUCCUCCAAUCGGCACUAUUUUUGACCACUCUCAUAUCUGUCGCAGAACUGUUUGCCUUGCCUGACAAGAAGACCUGGGGUCAGGAGUACCGAGCCGACCACGAGGGGCAGGUUGAAGACGAGCACAAUAUUAGUGCGGACUCCAUCAUCGCUCCAAGCCCAGGUGAAGUGGACGGGCCCGACUCCGACGAAGCUGCGGAUGACGAGGCAGAGAGGGAAUCUGCGCCCAGUGCGACGACUCCUCUUCUCGGGAGACCUAGUCGUGGAGAGGGCGAGAGCCGGACGACAUUUGCCACGAGAUAUAGACGCUCUAUCUCCGCGCUGGCAGAUGUGACGACAAAUCAACGAGAAUCUGGGAAGGACUCGGGUGCUUUUGGCGACGAGCAACCCUGGUCCAAGUCUCUCCCUACUUGGACAUGGUUUCUCCAGUUCUUGAUCCUGGGGCCCUUCCUGAUCAUCCUCGCGGCGCAGACCGGACUGAUGCUGACAGACGCUACAAACCAGACCGCUGCUGACGGCUCAAACGCCCUGACCCCAUAUCUGUCUGUUUCGCUCUUCAGCAUGCUGCUCAUUCUGCCUCUGAUGCCUUUCAUGCAUCGUAUUACGCAUCACAUUCCCCUGCUUCUUCUCUGCGUCUUCAUCUUAACGUUGCUAUACAACCUCACCGCUGAGCCCUUCUCGUCAACAAACAGAUACAAGGCUUUCUGGCAGCAGACGGUCAACCUGGACACGGGGAUGUCCACUAUCAAAUUUGGCGGUAUAGAGGAGCAUCUGCGCCGCAUCAUCGCGGAACUCCCCUCUGCGGCAGGAAAGACAAUUGAAUGCCAUGCUUCGACGACAAGAGUCGGCAUAACUGAUUGCGAUUACGACGGAACGGAUAUCCCGCCUAAUGUUGCCAACAAUGUCGUGGAUGGUAUCCCACCACAGAAGGGCUAUGGCGAUCUGGUGUCUCUCCAACUGGCGCGAGGCGACGAGCCUGGCCACGCAAAGCUGACACUUGACGCGAAAAAUACCAAGUCUUGCUACCUCAAAUUCGCGAAGCCAAUUAAGAGAUUCACUGUUGCAGGUGGCCUCGACUGGGAUGACCGGUUUGGCCGGAUGCCGAACUCCGGGCUCAAUCACAUCCUGCUGUGGAGGCGGGACUGGGACAAGGUGUGGGAGGUUGAUAUCGAAAGUGCGGAAGGCCUAGAUGGGAAUGUCACCUGCAUUUGGAGCGACAUCAAUACGCCGGGCACGAUUCCUGCCCUGGAUGAGGCUAUCAAGUUUGCACCUGCGUGGGCUGUCAUCACCAAAUUUGCGGCUGGUCUGGUCGAAGGUACUAAGACCUUCAAGGUCUAAGCAGCCACCACAACAGGCACGCCCUGCCGCUCGGUUCACGCAAUCGGAUGAUGAGUUGACGAGUACAUGUGUUGUGAAUGACGGCAGUGCAGAUGCUCCUAUCCUACGAUGUGAUACAGGUUGUACAACACGAGUGAGCCCUGUGGUACCUGGUGUGCUAUCUUCUGGCUUGAGACUGGGUUUUGCGUUUUGGUUGAGGGGUGCCCGGGGUGGAAGGGGGGGGGCCUCUGCAGUCAUAGGGGGCACUUGUCUUUUUCUUUCUCCCCUACAACAUCAGCUGACAAGUUGCAUCAUUAGUGUUGAAUCGAUUCAUGGCUUUAAUUUUCUGGUAGCGUUCUCGCUGGCUUGGCCACCAGGCUGAGGUCAUUGCAGUGAAGCGCAACACCUGGUUGUACCCAAUCUGUAGCCAUCGACGUCGUACGGACAGACAAAGCGGCUAGCUGCCUCGCAUUCUCCGUAAAUGCGCAGUUUACAAUGCUGUGUUAGUUACGAUUCUCUUCUUGAAAAGUUUUGUUUCUGACCUGUUGUUCCACACACGGGCGGAGGCUGGUGACGUGUUAUGAAGCAGAACGGAGGUCGUAAUCCGGCCGUCCUAGCAGUCCUAGGUUUGUCUCAGGGGUUUGAUUAUAUGUACAAUUUGACGCGCUCGUCUCACUACGCCUCUUUCUUCUUUUUUGUCUCUUUUCUUUUCCUUUUCUUUUCUCGAAUAAGGGGAACCAGCCUAGAGCUAUGUUAAUCGAACACGGAAAGCGUCUUCAUCUG